CUACUAUAAAAGAACAAUAACACCCACAAAACUUGUUGAAACCUUGUAUAAUCCGUAAUCCAGCCUUCAUCAUAACCCAGCUAGUAAGAGAAGAAUGAGAGCAGAUGUCUAUUUCUCUCCCGUUGUUAUUGCUACUGUUGAAUAGCUGUGUGAGUGUGUGUUGGGCCGUGGUCUGUUUCAACUGUUCGGCGACGCACCGCUCCGAGGACCGCAGCUGUGGCGGCCAGAUCGUGCCCUUCGCCCUCGACGGGAAUAGCAGUCUGGAUAGAAUGGGCAACUGCACGCGAGAGGGCGCGCUCUGCUUCGUGCGGUCGUGGCGGGCGCGCGCGACCCACGCGUGGAUCGUGCAACGCGGGUGCUACUCGCCGCGCGCGGGUGACUCGCCCGACGACUCACUCGCGCGGCGCCCGGGGAAACUCACCUGCGUGCAUUCUCGCCUUCCUGAAGCCGAAUAUAAAGUGUGUGUUUGCCAAUCGGACUGGUGCAACGCCUCCACACGCACUAUCAUACCAACUUUAUCAGCGUGUCUGCUGAUGACUGCUAUAGGUUUCGUUAUCGGGCAUACCCAAUCAAUAUUUUUGACGAACUAGACUGUAGAAACUUAACAAAUGUGUACCUAAUUAGUCUAAUUACCUAGCUGCAAUAUCCAAAAAGUUAGGUCUAAGUUACUAAUCGUAGAUAUCGACUAUUGUUUGACCAGUAGCUUUCACUAAUGUGAGGUCGUAUCUUUAUUUCUACGAAAAGGAUAAGAAAAACGUGUGUGUGUUAGUGGGGCGCCGCGGCUCCCAACAUGGCGGCGUGCGCCUGCGCAGGCUUUUUGUCCGCGUGCGUCACCAGAUUGGAAACCAAGGAAGAUUUCUAACUUCAACCUCUAAUAGGGUCACGUACAAACAGAGUAGUUACACUUUAAUACGCUUAGUAUAUUGUACACAUGUUUUAUUACUUAAAUAUUAAAUUAUUUUUAGAUACAAUAAAUAUUUCCUUAACUCUAAA